UAUCUGUAUUUAGACCUUGAUGGUCCGAUAAAUCUCCGCUUUCUCCACCCUGUCUAUGUCGGACCCUACUCAGGGGUGCACGCUUCUCUGUAUUGUACUCAGGACGUCGAUUGUAUUUGUGAUGCAAUGUCAGUCUGGGUGUACGCAAAUUGGGGCUGUCGUUCUGUUACAGAGCCCGUUGCCGACGCGUAUGAAGCAUUCUUCGAUUCUUAUGACGUCAGGACCAUGUAUGUAGGAAUCGCUCACUCCUGCGUUCCUGCGAACUUCGCAGGAGAUCGUUAUAACGAUCCAGGAUGCUGGUCCAGUUCUAUUUUGUCUCACCUCAGCUUUUAUGGGACUUAUACCAUAUCAUGGCAAGCUUUACCGAAGAGGUGCCGUUGGAUCACACAGACGUCAUUGGGUUUGUCUUUCAGCAUUGGGCAGGUUUCGUCGCUCUAUCACUCAGCGAGGAGUAUGAGAGUCUUCGGGCAAGGAAUAGAUACCGACGGCGUGUCUUAUCUCUGCUUGCCCCACUCUCAACCCAUACUCGUUAACACCAGUUGGCUCUUACUUUUCUUACUCCGACAGAAGGCGUUGGCUAUGUCGGAGAGGUGAAGGACGAAGUAAUUUUUCAUACGAACCAUCAUCGCUGA